AUGCAGACAGGUGUGCAGGAGUCUGAUUCGCCUGUGAAGAAACUAAGUCGGCCAAUCAGAGAGAGCAGUGCCGAUGACCAGCCAACCAGAAAAGAGCAGGUGGCCAAAGACGGAGGGGGCCCUGCAGUACAGGCCACGAAGGAUAAAAUCCAGGAGAGCGACGAUGACUGCAACUUCUCCUCGGAUGAAAGCGGCGAGGAAGAAGGUUCCCGUUUUGAGCUUCGACUCGAUCCGUCGGAUGAAAGCGGUGAGGACAGUGAGGAAGAACAUCGCCAUUUUGAACUUCGCCUCGAUCCCGCUGAGGAUGUUUGUGAUGAAAACGCGGAGAACAUUGCGCCUGCAAAGAAAAAAGCACGACGUCUGCCCAGUCGGCAGCCGCUGUCAUGGAAGACGGAGAGUGACGGCGAUGCCGCUCCACCAACACUGCGGUUUCUUCCUAAGAGGAAGCCUGGUGUGCAGCUGAGCACAGGGGACAGCCACACUCCUCUGGACCUCUUCAAGUUGUUCUUUUCGGAGGAGGCUGUGGAAACCCUCUGCCGGAACACCAACAAACAAGCCGCCAGGAACGCAGCCGGAGGGGCAAAGUACAAGUGGUUGGAUGUUGGAGUCUCUGAAUUUUACAGCUACAUUGGACUGAUAUUCUACAUGGCCACGAUCAAGCGGGAUCACAUCACUGACUACUGGAGGAAAAACAGCAUCUUUUCCAUCCCUUUCCCGUCACAGGUGAUGUCAAGGGACAGAUACCGGACCAUAUCCUGGAACGUCCACAUGAGUGACCCGGACGAGGACAGAGCGAAUGAUGCCAAGAGGGGGACAUCAGAGCAUGACAGACUGUUCCGGGUCAAACCCCUCAUGUGCACGAUUCAGACCGCCUGCAAGGCGUUCUAUCAUCCCCGUAGGAGUCUUGCUGUGGGUGAACGUAUGGUGCCUUGCAAAGGAUAUGCCGACAUGACAGAGCACACGACAGACAAACCGACCAAGUUGGGUUUCAAGUUGUUUGUGCUGGCAGACUCCAGCAAUGGGUACACUGUAGACUUCUCUGUAUACAGUGGAAGGAAGAAGUUCCCCACAGGCCAGGGGCUCUCUUAUGACUCUGUCAUGUCACUGGUUGACAGAAGGUAUUUGGGGUCUGGAUACCAUGUGUACACGGACAGUUUCUAUACAAGCCCAAAGCUUUUCAGGGACUUGUUUGCUUGUAAGUUUGGUGCUUGUGGAGCAUACAGAGAGUCCAGGAGGGACUGUCCACGCAGUUCCGUCAACGCGCUGACAGAGAAGUCUCCUAGAGGAACGUACCGCUGGAUAAGGGAUGGCCCUCUCCUCUUUGUGAAGUGGAUGGACACACGAGAGGUGUCUGUCUGCUCCACCAUCCAUACAGCCUACGCUGGGGAUGCAGUACGGAGAAAAGUGAAAUGCAAACAGGGCGUCUGGACCACAAAGUCCUUUCCGUGUCCCUCACCAGUGGUGGAAUACAACAAGCUCAUGGGAGGUGUGGAUUUGUCAGAACAGCUGAUCCAGUAUCACGCAGCACAACACAAAACCUUGAAGUGGUACAGGAAACUCUUUCUUCACUUCUUGGACAUCGCUGCGACCAACGCCUACAUUCUCCACAAAGAACUCCAGCAACAGGACAGCAUGACCCCCAAGGCCUUCAUGGAGGAGCUGACCGCACAGCUGUGCGGUGUGACGCAGAAGAGGCAGAAGACCCCUGUAAAGAAGGCCAGUUGUGUUCAUGUGCCCGUUCCUGGGGCUGAGGUGGUCGCUGACAGCAGGACGAGGGCUUCCGCCGGCCGCAGGACCUGUGCGUAUUGCAGGGGGGAAAGGGGAAAGAACACAAAAACACCUUGGAAGUGCAAAGCAUGUGAUGUCUACCUUUGUCUUCAGCCAGACAGAAACUGUUUUGAAGCUUGGCAUCCUGAUCAGGACUGA